AGAAGUUCAAGAAUGAACACAACUGGUUUGCUGUCAGUUUUUAGUACUGGCUGCAGCUCAUGGGCAAUAAUGGCACCAGCAGUGGUGAAGCAGCAUUGUAUAGCAAACAAGUAGACCUCAGUGACCCUCAGCAACAGGAUAACAACACUUGGAUUUCCAAGCAAAAUGAUGGUCCAACACUCAGGCCAGGUAUCUGCAUUAGAAGUCAGCGCCUCCGCAAUUGUUCCCACUUUGUCCCCUGCAGGGUCACUGGGGUUUGAUGAUUUCACAAAUUUAACCCCACUGGUGAAAGAGGAACUGAGGUUUGCCAUUCAGAAUAAGCGUCAGUUCCACAGGAUGUCUUCUUCAUUGGACACGGUGACGGUUUCUGAAAGGCCAGUUGAAACAGCAAUGAUGAAAACAGAGUUUUCUCCUGAAGAGGAUGAAAGAAAGAAGAGAAGAAGGGAAAGGAACAAAAUUGCUGCAGCAAAGUGCCGAAACAAAAAGAAGGAAAAAACAGAAUGUUUGCAAAAAGAAUCAGAAAAACUGGAAACUAUCAAUGCGGAAUUAAAAGCCCAGAUCGAAGAGCUGAAGAAUGAGAAGCAGCAUUUGAUAUACAUGCUAAAUCUUCACAGGCCUACUUGUAUAGUUCGUGCACAAAACGGAAGGACACCUGAAGAUGAAAGAAAUCUUUUUAUUCAACAGAUCAAAGAAGGCACAUUACAAGGUUAAGUGAUAUGGCAAACAUGGAAAUAUUUAUAGUGUUUUUAACAACUACCAGAAUCCAUGGAGGAUCUGACAUAAUGUGUAGGAUUCUAUUAGUCAAGAGCCUUUAGGAAGGGCAGGUUGCUUUCUUAAGUGGAAAGAAUCAUUUUGGCUUGACAGCAAUUCUUCCCCUUGGAAGAUCUGGUCUCAAUCAAAUUGAAGAGCCUUCUGCCUCAAAUAUAGGUUUUUGCACCUGUCAUACUCGCUAUUCCUAGGAGCUACAGACAACAGCUUCAGAAGUUUUAGCUCUCUGCUAGUAUACAGUAUCUGCACUCACGACGUUUGUGCUAGAACACUAUGACUUCCAGUGAUGCACAUGGUACAGACAGCUGUGCUGGAUGGACACUACUUUUCCUUGUUGCUGAUAGGGAAAGAAGACUGAGUAUUUUUGAAGUUUCCAGGAGGAUGGUUUCUGGCAGAAUGUACUGAUGCAUAAUGUUGCAUUUUAACCUAACAUACACACACACACACACACAAAACCCCUUUAGUUCCAAGUAAGCUUUGUCAGUUUUCUCACAACACUUGUGUGGGUUUUUUCUAUGACUCAUCUCAGUGACUGAAAUUGAAGAGCCUUGUAGGUGUGACAAAGAAAUGUUUCUUGCAAAACAUCUAUGUGGCCUAGCCUGUAUUUUAUGAGUUAUCACCUCACCUACUAUCCUUUGGGGACUACAAUUUUUCUUUGAUGGCUAAAGAGCAGCUUGUACUAUCAUUUAGUGACUUGGUGAAUUGAACCCACUGGAAAGAGGAAACUAACUAUCGAGGAGUGUUGAUAGAGGUUUUGCUGAAAUGAAGAACUGCAGGACUGAAUCCCAGGCUCGUGAACCUUGAAAAGGUUUUUUUUUAAAGAAAUUUAUUUAGAAUCUAAUCCUACAAGCCUUAAUUCAUACUAUUAACCCUCAUUCACAGAAGAGGUUCCAUGGAUUUCAGAGCUCAUGCAGAUAGCUCUUACAGGCAUAAGAGCUUGUCAAAGCUUUUUCCAUCCUGGCCAAGAUUACUUCCUUUUGCCAGGUGAUUCAGAGGGAAAAAUUAUGAUUGCAGCUACUUUUAUUUUACAUUUGAGUGGCAACUACAGUCAAUCAAAAAUGUUACUUAGAAUCUAAAGGAGGCAGGAGUUUUGAUGUAGUGAAUAAUUGUUUUUAUUUUUUAUUAAAUACUAACCUUGGAUGUUUUUGAACUGGUAGAAGAGCUGCUGGACAAAACAGUUGGAGUUAUGAGUGUUUAAAUUCUGAUGUUUCUGUGAAAUUCUCAGAUUGUUUAUUUCUAUAAAAUAUAUCCUUACAACUUUUUGUAAAAGAAAAUAUUAUCCUUAUUUAUCACUAAUAUCAUAAUGAGUAGAGUUAAUAAAUACUGUGAGCAAGAGAAAACU